AUGUCGCCCUGUCCCUGCACACCCCGCUCUCUGCUAGAACCAGGAGGACCACGCUUCCUCGACCCGGCGCUCAGGGUCUCUAGGCAGGAGCUGGAUCGGCAGGAUCGUCAGUGGAGGGGGCAGAGUUUGCUCGCCGCCACCACCGACACUACGCAAGUCAGCAGUAGCAAGGGUAGUAAAGGCAGUAGCCGAGACAAUGGAGGAGCUCAGAGAAGCAGUUCAGCAGAAUUGGAGGAUCCAGAGGGAAGGGCGUCGCAGGAAACCAAGGUGGCGGGGCAAGAGGAUAGGCAGCAGCAGCAGCAGCACCAGCAGCCUGUUGGGCCCGUAGUCAAUGGCAGCAAGAACCUCAACAUGCUCACAAGAUGGAAGAAAGCAAUCGCAUCGUAG